CUGCCGUAGAGAGGGUGGCGAGUUUUUGUCAUCAGUACCACCGGUUGUAGGCCUCUAUCGUGUAACGGAUGGCUCAGAACGGUUCUCAGGUGGAGGAAUUACUAGCAUCGGAAAUAUUCACCAUGAAUUCACAACUACUGGUUUCUUUCAAGUCGAUUACGUAACGGCGGAAGAUCUGUUUGUCUGCAUCAUCUACGAUGUUAAUAGUUACAGAAGUGCUGAGGUUACUGCUGACAUGAACAUUUUACCACGACUGACAAGGCCGCCCUUGAUCAAAGAGACUACUCCAACUUCAAUCACACUGUCCUGGGACGGAUGGAUGGCUGGGGUAGACAUUGGCGAUCCACCACUCAUUGGAUACAACGUAUACUACAAGGAGGCACUUCCAGAUUCUUCACAAUGGAUCCGUCUUGAUCGAGGAAACGCUUUGGAUGUUUCUGAAAUGAUCGAUAGUUUGUCUCCUGACAUUGACUACUGGUUUGGUGUCUCUGCAAUGAGGGAUGGCGAUGGAGGAGAAGGACCUCUGAAGAAUGUGACUGCUAGUACCACUUGUUUGCCCCCUACCGGAGUUCUUUCACAUGUGACAGUCCAUCAAGUGUCAUCUCCUGAACAGCUUCUUAUUACAUGGCAGUCUCAAAUGCCUGACGGUGCUAGUGCAAACUGUCGCAGUGGUUUCACGAACAUUUCCAUCUACUUCUCUUCGUCCGAUGUAUCUCCUCAAGGCUCAGUACAGAUUCAUGUUGAUUCUGCUGGUAGUUACUACCUUGGCUCAGUGGUACCUAACACUCAGUACUCGGUUUAUAUGACAUUGUGGAACAAAGAUAGCGAAGGUCCUCGAAGCCAAGCUUCGUUUGGGAUGACUUCUCAAACACAAACAAGCGUGUCUUCAUCUAUUGUACCCUGGGUCCUGUUUGGUAUUCUUCUCCUUAUUUGUGCUGUCGUCAUCCUCGUUCUCAUUUUUCGAUGGAAAAGACGCAAGACGGACCCCCAACCUCCAGAGCCAAGAGCCAACCCUGCGACUGAAGAUCAGCCGAUAUAUGAGAUCCCAACCUUCGAUGGGUCGCCUCCUGUAGAUGCCUAUGAAAGUUUGAAACGUUUAGAAGAAAACACUACAGACGAUGCUAACAUCAAUGUCAUGAAAGGACGCAAGGCGGACCCCCAACCUCCCAAACCAAGAGCCAAUCCUAAGACGGACGAAGAUCAGCCAACAUAUGAGAAUCCAACCUUCGAUGGGUCGCCUCCUGUAAACGCCUAUGAAAGUUUGAAACGUUUAGAAGACAACACUACAGACGAUGCUAACAUCAAUGGCAUGUAA